GUGCCCGCGUCACAACGCAAUAUAAAUAUACUUCAAAAUCGGUUUCAUGCUGUCUUUGAAGUUAGUUUUCCUCGUGGCGUAGCAGAAAUGGUGGUCCUUCAACUUUUGUAUUCAACAAUCUGCAUUGUCGGAACAGUUAUUUUAGCGACUGUGAUAUAUGGAUAUUUCUGGUACAUAAAAAGAAAUGAUUGGUACUGGAAAAAGAUUGGAAUCAAGCAUGUUCCAUUUUCUGAAGGAAUGCUUAUGUUGAAUCCUUUUAGAAAGCAGAGAAUACAUGAGCUGAUUUCGAAGUAUUAUAAGAAAUAUGGAAAAAUCAGCGGGGCGGUUGCUUUUGGAAAUCCAACUUUACUAGUAGGAGAUCCAGACCUUUUGAAGGAUGUUUUAAUCAAAGAUUUUCAUAAUUUUCACUAUCGAAGGGACAUGAAACUUGGAGAUGAUCUUUUUGAUAACAUAGUUAUGUCUAUGAAGGGAGAUGACUGGAAAAGAGUUCGCACAAUCAUCACACCAGUUUUCACCACUAAAAGACUUAAAAUGAUGACGAAUGUUAUGAACGAAUGUGCUCAGACUGUAAUGAACGAAUUCGAAAAAAAGCUUGCCGAUGAUGGAAUUAUUGAUGCUAAAACCUCAUUUGGAGCUUUCACCUUGGAUGUAAUCGCAAGAGCAGCAUUCGCAACAAGAAUCAACUCCAUCAAUGAACCUGGAAAUGAAUUUGUGCAACAUGCUAAGAAAAUUUUUGGAGAUUUUUCAAUGAUAAGUUUCAUCUUGAUGCUGUUCUUGCCUUCUUGGAUUUCACGUAGAAUUCCAAUGGGAGGAAGAAGCAGUUGGGAGUUUUUUAGAGAUGUUACUCUUAAUGUCAUAAAGGAAAGAAAGCAGAAGGGAAAGAAAUACAAUGAUGUAUUACAACUGUUUAUGGAUACGUUAGAAGAGGAUAUUGAAAAAAAUGCUAAACAUGAGACUCCAAAAAUUGAAAUAAUUGAAGAUGAGGAAGACCAGUACGGAAGCAUUUUUAAUAAAGAACUUAGUCAUGCAUUGCGAUACAAAACUCUAUCCCAAGAUGAAGUCAUCGCUCAAUGUGUUUUAUUUUUUUCUGUCGGUUACGAAACUACUGCAGCAACUCUAACUUUUGUGGCCUAUUCUCUAGCUUUAAACCCAGAAUGCCAAGAAAAAUUAAUUCAGGAAGUAGAUUCAGCUUUUAGAAAUCACAAAGAAAUGAGCUACGAUGUAAUACGGGAUAUGAAGUAUUUAGAUUGUGUAGUGUCAGAAACAUUGAGAAUGUAUCCUGCACUUAUAAUGUCUGAAAGGACGGCAAGUGAAGAUUAUGAGCUGAAAGAUACUGGAUUAACGAUUGAAAAAGGAAACGCCAUAUCUUUUCCUAUAUAUGCAAUGCAUCACGAUCCAGAGUACUUCCCUGAGCCAGAAAAAUUUAAACCGGAAAGGUUUAUUGAACCCAGUCACCAUCCUCUUGCUUAUCUACCAUUUGGAGCUGGCCCAAGAAACUGUUUAGGCAUGCGUUUUGCUCUGAUGGAAAUCAAAAUGUGCAUGAGUAAUAUACUACGCCAUUACAGAUUUAAAAGGGCCAAAAAUACGAAGGUCCCCUUGGAAUUCAAAAAUGGCAUGGGAUUUUUAACAGUUGAUGAUCUACCAUUAAAAAUCGAGAAAAGAACCGAUGUGUGAAGCAAGACUGUGAUACUAUAAAAGAGAUUAGUUUAUUUUGCACAACAAAGAACAAAUGUUAUUAAGCUACUUUUGAAGAUUUUAUGUACAAUAUGUGUUGUAAAUAGUUUGAAGUGUCUAAAUAUUAAUAAAUUUUUUUAUAUUUUUA